CGACUCAUCCACACUCGAGCGCAUUCAUCGACUGGACUCAUCUCGACGUCGACGGGUUGCCUUCUUGAGGCUGGCGGCUGCGAGCCACCGCCAGCUAAUGCUAAUUCACGGUUCCCGAACGAUAUUGUGUCUGGGCCAUAUUUCGAUUGCAAAACAUCCUUUCAAGCCCUCAUUGUCUGGCAAGAUGGCCCGGGCCGAAGUCGGCCUCGCGGUUGCAACCUCUUCGGAGUCGAACUUGAAGCCAACUCGAGGGGAGAUGGUUUAACUCUUUUCUUUUUUCCCGGCAUUCGGGCAUCUCGCAGUCCAUCCCUCGAGGUUGUCGGCUCGCUUUGCUCCCCUUCGCGCUUUCCCUCCCACAGCUGGUUUCGAGGCCUAGCAGGGUACUGCUCAUGUCCUCUCUUCUGUCUGUUUGCAUGUCUGCUUGUCUGUAUGCCUACAUGUGUGUAUGUCCAGCCCGGUCUGACACCGACUCCGGCCCCGAACCCAGUGCGCCGAUUCUGCCAAGUCGGGCAGUAUUGGUUUCCGCACGAUUUCGCCCAAAACCCUAUCCCAAUCCCAAUCCCAAUCCCACUCCCACUACCACUCCCACUUACCCUUACCCUCCCCCAUACCGGUCCCAAAUCGGUGGGACAUUGCCUCUUCCCCUUUGGGCUGACUGAAGCCGGGCCGAUCUUCAUCUCGGCCAGCUUGACCCCGCCGAGUCGAGUUCGGAUCAGAUCCACUCAGCUCUGGCAGACAUGUGCAGACCUGUGUAUGUCUCUGUUACGGUCUGUCUGUCGGUGUGUGCAUGCACACGCAGUCCCAUACAGCCUAUCCAGACGUCCGACCGGUGUGUAUCCAUACAAUCCUCGGCUCCUGAACCGCGCCAAUCUCGGCGUCGUCGUAGCCAGUCUUGCAGAUCGCGUCCUCUUUCGUCAGACCUUCCCCCCUAACCCUCGUCGGAUCUCGGUGCUCGAGGGAGUCUGCAGCGCACUCUGUCAUCGGUUCGCCUCCUUCACAUGGUCUCCAGUAAUCCGGCCGGAGCGAGGGCCACAAGUGUGCAGCCGAGCGGAACUCGACUCGGUACGCCCGAUGAACAUAUACACACACACACACCAAUCAGUGUGUUUGUAUGUCCAAAAUCCUAAUCGCUUCUCUACCAGGGCUAAAUCCGGUCGGUCAGCCUCAGGUCGGGCACCACUUAUACACUCACCUUGA